AGAGAAAAUUGGUAUGAGCAUAAACUAGAAAAAAACCUUAACUAUGUAAAACCUCACACUCUCAGCUUCGAUUCCUGUAAGGAAAAAAAAAGUAAAGAAGAAAUGCUGAGAAGAGCGUUGCGGCAAUGUUACUCACUUCAUCGCCCCACGGUGCCACGACACUAUCGAAGGUUCUGUUCUUCUUCUUCUUCAGAGACCACUGCAACCACAAUAUCCAUUGACCGUUCUACCCUUUACAAUCCACCUGAGCAUGCUCACCACCCAACUUCUGAUUCCGAGCUCGUCAAGCACCUCAAAGGCAUCAUCAAGUUUCGUGGAGGGCCUAUUUCCCUUGGUGAGUACAUGUCCGAAGUUUUGACAAAUCCUAAAGCUGGGUACUACAUCAAUCGGGAUGUUUUUGGAGCAGAGGGUGACUUUAUCACCUCUCCCGAAGUUAGCCAGAUGUUUGGUGAGAUGGUUGGUGUCUGGGUGAUGUGUCUUUGGCAGCAAAUGGGCCAACCUCAGAGAAUAAAUCUAGUUGAGCUUGGCCCCGGACGAGGAACUCUCAUGGCCGAUCUCCUUCGCGGUGCUUCAAAGUUUAAGAACUUCAUUGAGUCAUUGCAUGUGCACUUGGUGGAAUGUAGUCCAGCACUGCAGAAGCUUCAGCACCAGAACUUGAAAUGCGUUGAGGAAGAGAAUGGUUCUCAAGAUACUGAUGUAAGAACUGCCAGGUCUUUGUUUGGUACUCCUGUAUCGUGGCAUGCAAUGCUGGAGCAGAUUCCAUCAGGAUGUAUGUAAUGCUUUUCCAAUGAAAAUAGACUUUUGGGCAUAGAAUAUGUGCCAACAAUUAUAAUUGCGCAUGAGUUCUUUGAUGCCCUUCCAGUCCACCAGUUUCAGAAAGCAUCUCGAGGCUGGUGUGAGAAAAUGGUUGAUGUGGCAGAAGAUUCAUC